GGAACUCGUACGCAGAUACUGCUGCCGGCCAUGGACCCGCUUAUGCUAGCGUAUUUGACACUGGCGAUGUUGGUGCUAUACUUUGUUUUCGGCCUGCUUGUCACAUGCAAGCUCAGGCACAUUCCGCCGGUUGGCAAUUCUGCGCUGCCAUUCCUAUGCUGGCUCGGAGUGCUCAGAAGUGUUGUCCACGCGACCGAGAUAUUGCAAGAAAGCUACGAGAAGUUCUACCACACCAACGGCGUGUUGAAACAUGUGACCCUCACAAAUUGGCGCGUCUUGAUCAUCCGCCGGAGGUUCAUCGAGGAAGACCGCAAGGAAGCUGACGACGAGUUAUCCUUCGAUGAAUCAGUCAAUGAGACGCUCCAAGUCGACUACACACUCGGCCGAGCAUCCAUCACAACACGUACCACGUCCCGCUCGUCCGCCACAAGCUCAUGCGCAGCAUCCCAGCUGUCUUCCCCCAGCUCAUGGACGAAAUGGUGGCUGCUCUUGCGGAGGGCUGACGAGAUAAGUACUGCUGUCGGACGAUGCACGCGUCGAACACUCGCUGUAUACGUAGAUGUGACGUCACGCACGUAUACUCCCCCGCAACAGAUUGAACAAUUGUACAUGCUCCCUCCAGCGCAAAUUGCUACAGAACGUCUGCUUUCCGAUGGGACACCCGAAGGGCACGCUCAUCGUAGUGCCCGCCCAUGCGAUUCACCGCGACCCAGAAGAUUGCGCUCACCCGUACGCCUCCUGCCCGUUCCGCUUCUCUGACGCCCCCGCAUGUAUCACCGCUGACGACAGGAUAGGUCUUGGCGCAAGCUGGGGUGGCUUGGACGCAGUAUGCCUGCGGUAAUCCCGGAAGCGUUAUGAUAUGUACGAGCGGAUAAGUAAACGACAUAAGUAAUACUAUGAUACGUACGGCCGCUGGUUGCAGAUCUGUAAAUGACGAUAGUUAUUGUUGAGUCCGUCUCUUACUAGUAUGAAUAUCCACGUACUGGCGC